AUCGAACGAUGGACGUCGCAGACGGUGCAAAUGUAUCUCUGAAAUGCCGAAAAUAACCCUACAACCGUGACGUGUCGCUAGAUAGUUAGUUCGACUCCACCGGUUGCAUCUAGGAGCGGAGCAUAGAGUAAGUAACUCCACCACCAGAUGGGUACAUUAGAACUAGAUAGAUAUAUCCGUAUAAAUAGGCGCAUUUGAGUAUGCACACGUAGCAGCAAGCCACCGCAAACUGGCUUCUCCGCCGCCCGCGCUCGCCGGAAAAUUUUACCACGAAUUGGAUCAACAAUGAGUGCUCCAUCGCGAGAAGAGGAGUCGAAGGAGGAGGAGAGGGACGAGGAAGCGAACCGGCUUCUAGAAGAAGAAGAAGAAGCAGAAUCAUCAUCAGAAGAGGGGGAGAAGAUCCUGGUGGCGGAUUUGGAGUUCGACAGGGUGGACGAUGGGAGCGUUCCUCCUCCUUUCUCGUGGAAGAAGCUCUGGCUGUUCACGGGGCCUGGGUUCUUGAUGAGCAUAGCGUUUUUGGAUCCAGGGAAUCUAGAGGGGGAUCUCCAGGCUGGGGCCAUCGCGGGCUACUCGCUUCUAUGGCUCCUCAUGUGGGCCACCUUCAUGGGCCUCUUGAUCCAGCUUCUCUCCGCCAGGGUCGGCGUCGCCACGGGCCGCCACCUCGCCGAGCUCUGCAGGGACGAGUAUCCCAAUUGGGCCCGCCUCGUGCUCUGGUUCAUGGCCGAGCUCGCCCUGAUUGGCGCCGACAUUCAAGAGGUUAUUGGAAGUGCCAUUGCCAUCCAAAUUCUCAGCCGCGGCUUCUUCCCUCUCUGGGCUGGAGUUCUAAUCACUGCUUCAGAUUGCUUUUUCUUUCUAUUUCUUGAGAACUAUGGAGUGAGGAAGUUGGAAGCUGCUUUUGCGGUUCUCAUCGCUGUUAUGGGUCUUUCUUUUGCCUGGAUGUUCGGUGAUGCUCAACCUAAUAGAAAAGAGCUUUUAAUGGGUAUUUUGGUUCCAAGACUAAGCUCGAAAACAAUUCGUCAGGCUGUGGGUGUUGUGGGUUGUGUCAUUAUGCCUCACAAUGUAUUCCUGCAUUCUGCUUUGGUGCAAUCAAGGAAGGUUGAUCCUAAAAAGAUAGGUCGGGUGCAGGAGGCUCUCAACUACUAUUCAAUUGAAUCGGCGGCGGCACUUGCAGUCUCCUUCAUGAUCAAUCUAUUUGUCACAACAGUUUUUGCUAAGGGUUUUUAUGGAACAAAACAGGCAGAUAGCAUAGGAUUGGUCAAUGCAGGGCAGUAUCUUGAAGAGAAGUAUGGGGGAGGAGUCUUCCCUAUUCUUUAUAUAUGGGGGAUUGGGUUAUUGGCAGCUGGGCAGAGUAGCACCAUCACUGGCACAUAUGCUGGCCAAUUCAUAAUGGGGGGUUUCCUCAACCUUCGUUUAAAGAAAUGGUUGAGAGCAUUGAUCACUCGAAGUUUUGCAAUUGUGCCAACUAUAAUUGUAGCGAUUGUUUUUAAUAAAUCAGAAGGCUCAUUGGAUGUUUUGAAUGAAUGGCUCAAUGUGCUUCAGUCCAUGCAAAUUCCCUUUGCUCUAAUUCCCCUCCUCACAUUGGUCUCCAAAGAGAAGAUCAUGGGGACCUUUAGGGUUGGGCCUGUUCUUGAGAGAGUAGCAUGGAUUGUUGCUGGACUGAUAAUGAUAAUUAAUGGAUAUCUCUUGUUAGAUUUCUUCGUUUCUGAGGUGAAUGGCAUUUUGCUUGGUCUUUUAGCCUGCUCCUGCACAACAGCCUAUAUUGCAUUCAUUGUAUAUUUGGUUUCACAGAGCGGUAUUCUUCCUUCUGCUUGGGUUAAUCGUCUUCCCAAAGGAUUUUCUUCUACUGGGAAUUAAGUCAAUAAAAUUCACACACCAUGAAAAAUCUGGAAACAGUACGGCAAACUUCUGCUAGACAAUUUUGCAUGAGGAGUUUUCCUUCAUACACCAUAAAGAGUUUAUAGAGUUUCUCUAACCUUGCAACCUGAAUUAAAGGGUAUACAAGGUCAGAUAGAGGAAAGCACCUUGAUUUAACUGCUCUUCAAUUUUGCAAUAGCAUUACAGAGUUUACCUCCCAUGUGUAACAAGAUGGAGAUACCUUAAGUAAUGGAAGAUGCGGAGGGAGCAUCAUUACAACUUGCAGGAUAAAUUACCGGUUACCGUCCUACUUAGUUGCCAUAUUCUUUUUGUAACAAGUUGUGAAUUGCUCCAUUAUUCUUUGAUGUAAACAGUUUGUAUUUAACUUGGACGAACUGGCACACGUAGGUAGCCAGGUAAGACAGCAUACAUAAGUUGUAGGGAUUACUCAAUAGUGCAAUGUCCAGUACAUUUAUAUUUAUCAUCUCUAUGCUUUCUAGUUA